AGUGAUAACCAGUAAAACGGACAGAAACAAUGAGGAAGGGACAGUCUUUUAAAUGGGAUUUGAAAAUAGCAAGGGAUUGAGCGCGUUUUAGUUCGACAGGAAGUGAGUUCCAUAACCAAACAGCCCGAAAAGUGAAAGAGCAAUUAUAAAAUUUUGAGGAGGAAGGAGGGACAGAAAGAAGCAAAUUUUGUGAGGAUCUGGUGAAAUUUAAAUAAGUAAAGCGCUCUUUUAGGUAACGGGGAGGGAUUAAAGAGUAAUGUAUUCUUUUUAAAGAAGACAAAGAAUAUGAAAAUUACGACGAUAACGGAUUGGAAGCCACUUGAGUUACACGCGAAAAUGAGAAACGUGGUCAAAUUUACGCAAUCCAAAUAUAAACCGCAUGCGACAAUUAUUAUAAAACAAUAUAUUUAAAAAAUGUGAGUCUCCAUACAAGGAACUCAUUAUGUAGGGUAAUAAUGAUCGCCAUCAUGUAUAUCUCACUUCCGGUCAAGAUUUCGAUCGGGCAACCGGCCAAUUCGGUUUCAGCUGGGUCAAAUUAGGUAAAAAACCCGAUUGCCAAAAAUGCCACGUGCCAGUCGACAUGGUUUUUUUUUUAAAUAUGACCUUACUAAUAUAGAUUGCCAAUUGUGACGAACGGCCAGGGCCAACAAUCGAAGCCUGCACUAAGCAUACUCUGACAUACGGCCGGUUUUAUUUAAUUAACCCGAUAAUCGUUAUAGGCAAUGGACUGUAAAAAAUAAUGAUUAAUCGACAGGCAAAGCUAGCCAACUAUUUGACGUCAAGAAAUAAUGGCAGUAAGGCUAAUAAUCAUGAUAUGAGGCUUGAAAUUAGUAAUUGGGAAACAAGAAGGUUUCAUAGUCGGAGGUGCUUAUGUUGGUUCUAUUAAAGAUUUCCCUCAUGUCGCUGCUUUGUCGAUGAUUACCAGUGUCGAAGAAGAUGACAAUUUUCAUUGUGGAUCGUCCAUAUUGAACGAACAGAUUUUGUUAACUGCUGCCCACUGUCUUGAUGACGUCGUGAAAGUAACAGCAUUUGUGGGAAGCGUAGACUGGACGAGGGGAAAAUUACACCGCAUUGACCGCUACCAGCGGCACAAACAAUGGGAUCUAAAAACUAUCAUUAAUGACAUAGCCUUAGUUAGGCUAAAGAAAUCCUUGUCACUCGGGAAGACAGUGCAGAGAGUGAUAUUAAUGAAGAAACCGCUCAAAGCAAAAAUAGCGGACUUGGCAGGUUGGGGCGCAAGUGACAUAGAGGACUCCAAUCAAAAAAAACUACUUAAACACAUAAAACAAAAACUAACGACUCUUAUAGAGUGCAGAAAAGUCUUGCCCAUGGCACCCAACGGAACCAUUUGCGGCGGCGAGAAAAAAGCCAAGAAAAAUAUCGCUUCUCGUGGAGAUUCCGGCAGUGGACUCUUAGUUAACAAAAGUAUCAUUAUCGGGAUAACCUCCUUUGCAGACUUCGAAUUUCCGCACACUCUGAUAGCCUACACGGACGUAUCAUACUUCUUUGAUUGGAUUUUGAUCCAAUCAAGACGAUUAGCAUGCUCACCAUAAAGAAGAAGAAGAAAUCUAUGGAUGGAUUUAUUUAUAGUAUUAUUAAAUAAAAUGAAGUAAAAAAAAAUGCUAUUUAUAUUAUACCUUGCCGAUCUGUAGAUCAAUAUUGAUUGUUACAUCAAGCAAAUAUGUAUAAGGGAACAUAUAUAUAAAGACUUUCAUCUGUCAGCUGUUGUUGAAGUGAGAAUUUAUUCAUAGAAGACAUUUGUCGAUACAUUCGCCGAGUUUUCCAAUAUUCUUAUUCAGCAGAAUUACCUAUUCGGUUAAAGUGCCGAAUAUUCUGUAAAUAUUUUUUAUUAUGUUUGUCUCGUUGCUACACAGUUAAAGCUCCUUCAGAACUUUUUUAGUACCUAUAUAGUUGUGCCGUUCUCGAGAAUGUUCUCCGUUUACUAUAGGGAAUGUUUUCGCACGAGAACACAACUAUAAGUACCUACUGCAAGAGACGUGUUGUAUCCAUAGCAUGUUGUGAUUAUAUAUUUGGAGUAUUGAAAAUUUGUUCUAGAGACUAAUAACAUGUUAGUUUCUAGGGAAUGGCCUAGGAAUCGAUUUAUCUUUAGCUGCUAAUGUAAUUGAAGCGUUUUUUAACGGUUUAUUAGAAUGAUACAGACGAACCGAAUAACUCGGCCGAAUAUUCGUUUACAAUACACUCCACAUUCGGCC